AUGGUUUCGUUGUCGGACAGCGAAUGGCUGACCGUCUUCUUCUCCAUGGUGGCGUUGUUGUUGUUCUGCUUCGCGAUCUGUUUGAUCAUCAACGCCUUGUUGUGCGCCAUGAACGAUGACUCGGCGUUGCCGGCGGAGGUGAAGCCAAUGCGGGCGGUGAACACCAACAUUGUGCUCGAUCAGAAUCGUCAGUUGUGUCGGACGGUAGGUGGUUUUAUGGGUUUUCUUUACUAAUUUUACUGUUUAAUGAUUAGAAUGGCAAGGACUUUCUUUACAAGUUAAAAAUAGCAAAAAAUUCCUUUAAAAAGUAAAAAAUGGCAAGAAAUUUUUUUACAAACUAAAAAAUGACAAAAAUUUUUUUCCAGAAUCACAUUAUCAACCCGACUGCCAAACACGCGCCAGAACCUCAACAUCAAGCCGUCCGAAUCGACAUUUACCGUGAAGCCGACGAAUCAACCUCAACCACCACCGUCACUUCGGUCAACGAGGACAACUCGUGCCGUGCCUUGGUCCCGGUGAGCCGUCAGCGUUCCGUGCCAGAACUCUCCGCCUCUUCGAAUGCUCCAGCUCCGCCGAAACGCUGGUUCUCGGACAAUCCUCUGCCCCAGAAGCGUCCAACCUUCGUGUCAGACGCCGUGAGGAAGGAGGAUGGUCCUCACAAACGACCAGCACCAUUCAAAUGGUGCCCAGUGCGUAGGGCUUUUGUUCAGGACGAGGAGGAGGGCGUGGAGAAGGUGGAGAAGAAGGUCGAACCAACUCCAUUGAUGUACAGUGGAAGAUGUGGGUUUUUUACUAUAUAGUGAUAGGCUUAGUGGAAGUUUGUUGAUAUAUUAUUAUAGGCUUAUAUUAAUGUAAUUUUUCAGACCGUCGCGGCCCAACCAACCCGUUCGUCGGCGAAUCCACCCCCAUCACCAACCCGCCAAGAAGAAUCUGA